AAUCUGGGGUGCGGGGCCACAUUUUUGGGGUGCGCCUCGGAAACCCCCGCGCCUCUCUCUCUCCCUUCUCUCUCUCUCUCUCUCUCUCUAUCUCUCACUCACACACACAGAGACACACACACUUCUUUAAUUUCCCCCCAUUCCCCUCCUCGAGCGAGCGAAAAAGGAGAGAGAGAGAGAGAGAGGGCGGGAGAAAAAAAAGGGAGGCGAUGUCUAGGGUUUUCGGGGUCUGCAGGGCUCUGAUGUCGGCGGCGAAGGCGAAGGAGGCGUCGGCGUCGGCGCCGGCGAAGAAGGCGAGCUCGGGGGGGAUACUGAAGCCGGUGCCGGUGUCGCCGGUGAUGCGGAGGUUCGUGGGCGUCCCCGAGAUCUCCCGCUCCGAGGCCGUCAAGAAGGUCUGGGACCACAUCAAGGCUCACGGCCUCCAGAAUCCAGAGAACAAGAGGGAGAUUCGCUGUGACGAGAAGCUGAAGAGCAUAUUUGAUGGGAAGGACAAGGUUGGGAUGAUGGAAAUUGCAAGACUGCUCUCCGCUCAUUUCCUGAAAUCCCCCAACUAAACCUAUUCACCUAGGAGUCUGACUAUUUUGUGGUUUCUUCCUAUGAUCCAUGUCAUCAAGGUUGUUGCUAAAGUCGUCGGUGUAAUCUCGAUGGAGUAUUUUACUCACACGAGCAGGAUUUAGGUUCAUUAACAAGUGUUCCUGUACAAAAUGUUGCAGCCUCUACUUUUAUUUUGCUUUGAAUGUGGACCUGUUAUUAGGGUUUUGUUGCUAUGCAUUUCCUGCUUCUGGAUCAUGGCUGCGAAAACUUGUGAUGUAGUGUGUCAGUUUGAAGUUUGUUUACAUAGAGUUUGCUUGCAUUUUGAAUUAUCUAUAAAGUAUCAUUUCGAUUGCUUUGUGUGAUGAAUGGCGAAGUCGUGCUGGAGAAAGAAGCAUUAGAAGCUUCAGCUGUAAUAGGUGUUUUCUCAGAUGAUACUCCUCACAGAGCAAUGUUAGUAUUGAUCUUAUUAUUUUGUUUGGUA